ACAUCGCGCCUCCCCAUCCCCAGCGCGGCUCCCCGAAGCGUGAGCCGGCAGCAAAGGCAGAAGUUCUUUUACUGUGCCGAUGCCCAAAGCAUAAAUCGGUUUAUCCCAUGCGAGAGGAGACAAAACUGUCCCUGAGUCAACAGGGGCGCGCGCUCACAGACCUUUAUGCUGGAGUUGAGCAUUACCUCCAUGUUGCCUUUGCUUGAUCGGUUCGGGCAGGCCUUGCACCCAGUGCCAUCGCUGUGGAGGAUGGUGGAGGAGCAAGUAGCGCCCAGUGAGAGACUCGAGGUGAAGACCAUCUUGGGGGACGAUGCUGUGGAACGGAGCUUGGAGCUGCAUGGUGAGGUGCAGAUGCUGCUGGAAUUCUAUCAGGAGGUACAGUUGGAGCACUCAGGACUGAAACAGAGCCCUCUACAGGCAGUAGAUAGCUUGCUUGCUGUUCCACCCCACCUUAAGGAGCUGAUGAGGGAGGAAAUCCGCCUUCUUCUGAAAGACCUCCAGCAAAAAGCAUUGCAAGAGGGCAGGGACCAAGAUUGUGCCAUUGCUAAAUACAGCCCCCAUGUGGUCUCCUUUGCUCUGAAGGGAAAUGCUGACACUGGAGGGCCUUCAUCUGGGAGCAGUGCCCUCAUCCGGCCGCUGUCUUCCAGAGCCAGUAAUGACCUGGGAUCAUUCUGUAAUAAACUGAAUAUCGCCCAUAUUGGUGAGGUAGCCUUUCGACUCCGGACCCUGCUAGAGGACGAGUGCCAUGCUUUAGAAAGGUGCAUCUCUCAUUUACAGCGCCAGCUGGAAGAAACUCAUUACCAGGCUGCACAGUUACUAGAGACAACACAGGAGCCCAGCAUGGCUGAACUGCAAGAAGAGAAGCAUGCCAUGGAGCGAGAUUUGCAGCUGAUCCAGACUCAGCCCUGCCCUCAUCUUUCCCUGACGCCAAAGUGGCUUGGCAGGGGUAGCUACCAGCUUCAGCCUUGUCAUUUGAGAGCUUCAGUAAAAGGACCAGACCUUGGGGAGACUGCUCCUGCAUCUUCACUAAAUCCCAGAAAUCAAAAUGCUUCUUUGUGCCAUCAGACGCUGCCCUGGUGGAGCCGCUCAGAAAAAGGCCUGUUGGGACGACUGCAGCCUGAGGGUGAGGAACUCAGGCAAGCAUGGAAAGACAAGUGCCCUCAGAUACACAGUCCUGUGAUUGCAGCACCUCCCAAUGGACGCAGAGUCAUUUCGGCCAGCAGGAUAACAAUAGGAGGGGUGGUCCCCACCUUCCACCCAGCACCUCCCCCAGAGCCAUGCCCAUUGCCCCGCUUCUGCCCCCGCACUAGGUUGCUUCAAUGUAAAGAGCCCAGCUAGGGAAAGGAGAUCACCCUCUCUCCCUAGACAUCUCAUUUUUGGCCCCCAGGAUGCACUCUCUUAAGAGGCACUUGCUUGUGUUGUUUCCUGGGUUUAUUUGCUAUUCCUUUGGCUCUUUCUUCGGUACAGGUGAGGGGAAUUUGAGGGGUUUCAGGAAAGUAGAAAGGCAAUAACAAGUCCCUUUCAACACUGAUCAUCCUCUUGCAAGCACCCCCGAGGCUGAGAUUCUUUUCCUUCUCAUCCACAACUCUGUGCAGCAGCCUUUAUGUUAGCAUUAUGGGUCAACUAUGACACUAUGGGUCAACUGCGCCCCUUUC